AUGUACAUUCCCAGCCUUCCCGCCCGGGAGCUGCUGGCUGCUCGAAGCGCCGGUAUGUCUGGCACUACCGCCGCGGGCGUCGGGGUCGCUAUCGCUGUCGGCGCUUCGGUUUUGGCUCUAAUAUUCAUCUUCGUCAUGGUCCGCCGGCUGCGUAUACGAGAAGCUGAGCCCAGGCUUCUGCCAGGGAGGUACAUGAAGAACUUGUGGUGGAAAUGGACACCACGAUCACGAGGAGGAUUCAACCGCAAUAGACAAAUGACAACAACCCUCACCACGACAGACCUCUCUCCCGCCGCAGGCCUCGUCUCAAACAACAAUGACCAUACAACCUCCAACCCACCCCAGCGCGGCCAGUCAAUUCGCUCCAUAAUUACCUUACCAUCCUACAGUCGCCUCCCCAAAGAAGAAGAACAGGUCAUCGCGCGCGAAGGCGAGCGUGAAGGAAUGGACAUGGUCGUCGAAUUCUCCGAAACAAACGAAGAAGAAGAGAACCGUCGCGAAACAGAGAUGGAAUCCUUAUACCAAAUCCGAUUGCGACGCCGUGAAGAACUCGCCGAACGAGAUGAGAGACGUCGAUUACGUAGGGAGGCUCGUGUGGCGGGUGAUACGGCUCGUUUGCAGCAAUUGAGUAGGGAUAGUAUUGCAGCGAGGGAAGCGAAUGCGAAUAGGCCAACUGCGAGUGCGAUGCUGGCGGAGCAUCAGGCGAGAGGUCGGCAUCGGAGGAUCUCGUCGGUGACGUAUGCCGAUAUUGGACAUGUCCGGCACGACGGGUCACGAAUUCGUGCCAAUUCGAAUGAUUCGGAUCAGCGUCCGUUACUUGAUACUACGCGUCAGUCGACACAGUCAAUUCUUACUAUGCAUAGCCAGGCUCGUUCCUCUGUGUCUGGGAUAAGUACACUGAGUGCCAGUGUCCACUCUGGGGACGACGAUACCCCACCAAGUGAGUCAGCUGUCGAGGACGGGGAUAUUAGCACCGCACAUAUCCCGCCGCCGAGCUAUGAUUAUGAUGACUGGGGAGAGGCUCCAGCGUAUGAGAGUCCUAUUGCCAGCACCAGGGGAGAGGUAGAACAUGCGUUGUUGUCGCAGACGCUUCCUCAGAUUCGUAUCGAUACUGCCAGCCCUGCGAAUAGUACGCUUGUUUCCCCGGCAGCAGCUGCAGCUCCUAGCUCUCAUCAGCCUGGUUCUGACCUGCCAGAAGAUCAGUCUCAUGCAGCCAACGAAACCGCUCGAUCGAGCUCUUAA